UUUGAUGCUGACGAGGUUAUGAUGGAUAUUGAACAUAUCUUUGUUUUUUUGCAAGUACCUUACUAAAAAUGAGUGAAGUGAAUUUACAGGCCUUAGCAGGAACUGACAGCGAUGAUCACACCAAAGCGCCCACUGCUAUGCAGGAGGUAAACCUCGCAUUGAAAGAGUGUGGAUUCGGUCUGUUCCACAUACAACUUCUAUGCACCUCCUUCUUCGGCUGUCUUGCCGGUAUUGUGGUGACAAACAGUACGCCUUAUAUACUGCCGAUAGCUGAAUGCGAUCUGAACAUGAAUCUCCUGGAGAAAGGGGUGUUGAAUGCUAUGCCUUUUCUCGGUAUGAUCCUGGUAUCGGUGGUAGCUGGAUUCCUAACUGACACGUUUGGCCGCAAAUAUUUUGUUUUACUUGGCUUCGGGGGACUUUUCAUAUUUACCGCAAUUAGUGCAACCAGUCAGAAUUAUGUUGUUUUGGUUACUGCGAAAUUUUUCGAAGGAAUGCUAUUUGCGACAUCGUUUUCAUCUCUAAUAACGUUAACUGCAGAGUUUUGUCACAAUGACAUCAGGGAUCGCAUAAUGUUGCUGCAAUCUUCAUUUUCGGCUAUUGCUCAAGUUAUUAUCGCGUUGCUAUCGUGGGCAAUACUGACUCAGGACUGGACCGAUUCAUAUUUCAAUGGUUCUAUUGUCUUCCACGGUUGGAAUUUUUACUUGGUUGUCAUGUCAUUAUGGUCAUUAUUUGCGACAAUCAUGUACUGUUUUCUGCCCGAGAGCCCGAAGUACUACAUAACCCAGCAUAAGUACUACGAAGCGAGGGAGGUCCUCAUCUCAAUUUACAAGCAGAACACGGGGAAAACUGCUGACGAGUUUUUGUAUAAAGACAUAUGGAAAGACAAGAAAACCUACGCGAUAGAUGAAACACCUGAGGAUAGUUCGAAUAAAAACUUCGGAAGUAUGCUCGCGGAGGGGCUCCACAAUGUCAAGCCGAUGUUCCAAAAACCUCGCGGCCUAUAUCUGUUGCUUUUCUGUGUCAUGAGCUUCUUCACUAUGCUAUUGUAUAACGUUAUAAGGCUCUGGUUCCCACAAUUGUCGACGAUCGUAGAACAUUACAGCAGCACAGACACUCAGGACUUGUGCGUCAUGUUGGAUUCCUAUACCCACGACUUGGCCGAGAGAAACACUAAUCUGACUGUUAACAAAGUCUGUGUACCAGUUGUCAGUGGUGCAGCAACUUACAUCAACAGUAUGAUACUGGGAUCAGUAUGUCUGGGACCGAUCAUCAUCAGCAGCGUCCUAGUAGUCAAAGUGGGAAAGAAGAACCUCUACACUGUUUGUGGCCUCAUCUCCGUUGGCGUGACCUUGGGACUAAGAUGGUCCAGUUCAAAAAUCAUAAUGGUCGCGCUGUUUUCAUCAGACUUAGCGAUUUCGCAAAUGAUGGUGAACCUGAACCAAUUUCUGGUUAUAGAUUUCUUUCCUACGAAUAUGAGAUCACUGGCCAUUGGUAUGGUAAUGAUGUGGGGUCGAAUCGGCAGCCUUGUAGGAAACGUCUUGUUUCCAAUUCUACUAGACAUGGGUUGCGUAGUACCCUUCUACACGUUAGCGGGAACUAUGAUCGGUAUUAUUCUAUUAAGUUUUGUGAUACCAGUGAAGAAAAAUUAACAAUUUAGUGCUUUCAU